UAUAAAAAUUGAAUAUUCAAAGAAACGCUUUUAACCAAAUAAACGUUUUGUUUGUAUGGUACGGAAGCUUUGAUUGAGUAAAAGCAUCACAGAGCAUUACAUCGACAGGUACGAUAAGCAUAAAUGAAACAAGUUUUAGUUUUGUUUUGUUCGCAAAUCCAUGCAUAUUAUUGAACGCAAAGUCUCGAGCAUUUCGUCAUAUAAAAAAAUGUCAUUUUAUAUAUUGAUAUUUUUAAUUAUUUGUUGUUGCUGUUUUCGUUAUAUUGAAUUACAAAAACAUCGACAGCCUUUAUUAUGGUCGGACGAUGAUCGACACUUUAAUGAAACGUUAACAGCUAUAAUGCGACCACGUGUUGUUGGUAGCGUUGGUCACAAAGAAGUACGACAUUUUAUUGCAAACGAAUUAAAAGAACUUGGUUUUCAUGUCGAAACUGAUGAGUUCUCGCAAAUUGUUCCCGUAUUAGGUAAUCUCACAUUCGUUAAUCUAUUGGGCAUUAUAAAUCCGGAAGCGUCGGACUUUUUAGCUUUAGCCUGCCACUAUGAUAGUAAAUAUUUUCCUGAUAUUCCUAAUUUUAUUGGUGCAACCGACUCAGCCGUUCCUUGCGCUACAUUAUUGAAUACAGCGAAAACUUUAAACUCAUAUCUUUUAACCGACUUUAAAAAUCGCCAAGAUCUUGGCUUAAUGUUAAUUUUCUUCGAUGGCGAAGAAGCUUUUCUAUCUUGGUCAAAAGCUGAUUCCAUCUAUGGAUCGAAACAUUUAGCUCGCAAAUUGUCUAUAUCUCCAGAUGAUUUUACUAAGCGACACAUUGAUCGUAUCGAAGUUUUAAUUCUUUUAGAUCUUCUCGGAACCGCGUCUCAAAAAUUCUAUAGCUUUUAUCAAAAUACAGACACUUUAUUGGAAGAAUUAAGCAAUAUCGAAAGAAACCUAAUGAAAAGCAGACAACUAGAAGGUCAUAAUUAUAUGUUUUUUUCGCGUCGUAUACAGAAUAUGAUAGAAGACGAUCAUCUACCAUUUCUAGACGAAGAUGUUCCAAUAUUGCAUUUAAUACCCGUGCCAUUCCCUAAAUAUUGGCAUACAGCUAAAGAUGAUGCUGACAGUUUACACUGGCCUACUAUACGAAAUUUUAAUAAGAUAUUUCGCAUCUUUAUCUAUGAGUAUAUGAAAAAUCACAAAGAAAAUGUUAACUUCCGUCUUAUGUAAUAAAACAUUCAAUAAGGCUUUUAUUUUUUUGGGCGCAAUAUCUAGUGAGCGAUUAAUAUAAAUAGAAGUUUGAUUUGACUUGUUUCUCGUUGCUUGCUAACUUGUCAACUAAGUAAAGAUGUCCAAACAUAUCAUAUAUCGUUCACUUAACUUCAGUGUUACUACGAUUGCCCAAUAUGCUGUAUUCACACAGAAGAGACACUUUAUAAUAAAGAACGCAUUUAUCCAGUUUUGCAUAAUUAUUGCAAUCUUUUAAUAGUAUUACUCGUAAGUUAUUGGUUGUUGGGCUUAAUUUCGCGUUUUAGGUGAAGCAAGGAUUGAAAUGGCAAUUCAUUCUUGUAGACAAAACUUUAAGUUAUAAUCUUUAUUUCAUCAAAUGGACAAAUGGUGGACAAGAAGACAGACAUUUUAAACUGGAUUCCGUUAUUCAUGUUUCUUCGAUGCAUAUUUCCAUAUAUUAUAAAAAAUUUAUGCCUAUUCGAACACGGUACAAGUGGUUAAAUUUAAGGAAUUCUUCAAAAAAACAAACAAUCUAUUAAAUAAAUGCGAAACGAUAUUUCACAAAACUAUUUAAAUUAUAUGUGAGUGAGAUAUUUUUCAGAACUAAGUCAAAAAUUUUCACAUUUAACUAUUUUCUGUGUAAAAAAU